AUACUUCAUUGCCACACACAAAACAUUCACAACUUCAAAAACUUUCAAAAAAAAAAAAAAUGGGAAGCAAAACCCAACAACAACGACAAUAUUCUCUUAACUGGGUAAGAGGAAAAUGCAUCGGAAAGGGUUCAUUCGGGACUGUCAAUCUCGCCGUUAACCGGUCCAACGGAUACACGUUCGCCGUAAAGUCUGUCGAUAUGAAUUCUUGUCAUCCAACACACAUUCAAUCUCUCGAAAACGAAAUUCAGAUUCUCCAAUCUCUAUCUUCGCCUUAUAUUGUUAAAUACCUGAGCAAUGAUACAGAAAUCCAAUCUUCCGGUUCUGUGAACAGGAAUUUACACAUGGAGUAUAUGUGCAAUGGUACGGUUUCCGAGUUGUCUGAACAGAUUUACAGCGGCAAUGAGCAAAUGUUACGGUCGUAUACUCGAUGUAUUGUGUCGGCAUUGCAAUACAUACAUUCUGCAGGGUACGUGCAUUGUGAUGUCAAGGGGAAGAAUGUUUUAGUCAGUUCUAUACCUGGUGUUGCUAAGCUAGCAGAUUUCGGCUCCGCGAAGAAAAUCUCCAGUGACCGGAAUUUGGGAGGUUCGAUAAUGGCCAGAGGGACUCCACUUUGGAUGGCGCCAGAAGUGAUCCAACAAGUAAGACAAGGUCCUGAAUCUGAUGUUUGGUCAUUGGGUUGUACAGUUAUUGAAAUGAUCACUGGUAAGGCACCAUGGAAAGAUUCCAAGCCUACAAUGGUGUAUACAAUUGGGUAUACUAAUGAAAUCCCUGAAUUUCCCGACGACAUUUCAGAUUCGUGUCGUGAUUUUCUCGAGAAAUGCUUGCGAAGAGACCCGGAUUCGCGAUGGAACUGCGAGCAGUUAUUACAACACCCGUUCUUAUCCACCGAUGGUGUCGACUCCGUCAACGAGAAUUCCCCCCGCUGUGUACUCGACUGGGCAAAUUCAGAAUUCGGCGACGACGACAUCGAAGAAAACAAUUCCGGUUCUGAUCAAAGUUCUGCAAUCUCAUCAGCUAAAGACAGGAUCAGUAAAUUAGCUAGUGUUAGAAGGGUGUUUUGGGAAUCGUGUGAUGAUUGGGAGGUGGUGAGGUCUGGUUUUGUUUGCGACAGAACAGAAUCAGAAGAAGAUAAAACGAUAGGGGCAGAUUCGGUAUUAUCAAAUACGAUAAGCACGACAGAGGAGGUGAAGAUAAGGACAAUUCCGGAAUAUUCCAGGAAAGUAGAAGAAACUGAAAGGGUAAAGAUGGAAUAUUCAGGCUGUUCUGUUAUCCCAAGUGGUGCUACUUGUUCUGUAAGAUAUGUUAGUUGUCCUCCUCCCAGUUGUUUCUGGGAUUGUAAUGCAGCUGGUUUUGGUUGUCAGCAGCAGCAUACAACAUGGGAUAAGAAGAAAAGGUGGCGGUGGUUUUUAGUGGUGAGAAGAAACAGAAAACAAGGUUAUUAUUGUUAUCAUUAUCACAAUGAGAUCUGCUGUAAAUUCAUUUCUUCAUUGUUAUUUUUAUUUUUAUUAGCAUUACUUCUAAUUCAUCAAUUGACAUUACAAUUUCCUAAAUUGCCUAUUUCAUCUACCAAUUUGAUUCAGCAAAAAAAAAAGAAAAAAUAUUUCAUCUACCAAUUCCUCCUUUUAUCCCAUGUGAUUUUUUGGCAUAAUUGCUAAAAGGAAUACUGGGCUUAGCAUGGGAUAUCGUUUG